AUGCAGCCGGAGUUCAGCAGCAGAGCCUGCAUGUGAGGAUAAACGUGUUUAAGUGGACUCUGUUUAAACUUUCGGGAUGUUUCACCUCAGACUCAUCUCCUGUUAGCCAAGAAUGCUAAAGGAAGUUAGCUUGUUAGCAGGAAGUAGCCGGAGCCGGAGCUCGGCCUCACAGUCGGAGCAGCUUCCAUAGAGACCAAACUGUAUUUUUCACGGAGCCCAAAUGUCCAAAUGUCCAGAUAGAGCUGUCUGAAUAGACUCUGUGCUGUUCCCUUUAUCUGAACAUGUUUAACAUCUGAAUUAUCUCCCGGUGUCCUACGAAGCUAAUGCAGUUAGCUUAGCUUGCUAGCUGGAAGUAGACGGAGCCGAACGUGACGUCAGAGUGAGCCGCGUGUUUGAAAAUGUCUGAAGUCGUGAACGAGGACGAACAUCGCAAACUGCUGGACGCUGUUUUGAAGCCCGUUGUCCGGUUACAGAGAGCAGACAUCCAGCUGCUGUUGGUGAGCAAAAAAAUGGUUCCCUCUGAGCAGCAGGAGUGGAAACCCAGUCUGGACCAGGAGGACCCACCAGAUCCCCCACACAUUAAGGAGGAGUGGAGACCUAGUCAGGACCUGGAGGACCCACAAGAGCCCCCAUACAUUAAAGAGAAGCAGGAAGAACUCUGGAUGACUCAGGAGGGAGAGCAGCUUCAAGGGCUUGAAAUUAUCAAGUUCACAUUCAUUCCUGUCCCUGUGAAGAGUGAAAAAGAUGAAGAGAAACCUUUGUCCUCAAAGCGUCAUCAAAGACUAAAUGAACAGAUGGAGAAAGAAGCUGAUGGAGAGGACUGUGGAGGACCAGCCAGUAACUUAGAUCCAGAUAGAUAUUUACAACCAGAUACUCAUGACAAGAGGUCAGACUCCUCUGAACAAUACAGCAGCAGUUUUUCAUCAUCUACUGAUGAAACAACGUCAGACUCUGAAUCUGAAACUGAUGACAAUUGUGUCUGGGAGGACACUGAUAAACCUCAGUCAGGUUCAAACUCUCCGAAAAACACCAGAUGUUUCAUUGGUUUGGAUUCAUUUAGCUGCUCUGAGUGUGGGAAAGAACUCAGUCGAAAAUCAGAUCUAAAGAGGCACAUGAGAAUCCACACAGGAGAGAAACCAUUUAAUUGCUCAGUUUGCGGUGAAAGAUUUAUACAACAGGUUUCUCUGACAAACCACAUGGUUCACCACACAGGGAAGAAACGAUACAGCUGCAGUGUUUGUGGCAGAGGAUUCACUUGGCCUUAUCAGCUCAAAAAACAUUGGUCUCUUUGUCAUCAGUCCUCAAGUCUUCAGAGACUAACUGAACAGAUAGAAACUGAUGGAGAGGACUGUGGAGGACCAGAACCAGCCAGGAACUCUGAUCCAGAUAGACAUUCACAACCAGAUACUCAUGACAAGACAUCAGACUCUUCUGAAUCUGAGACUGAUGACAGUUGUGAUUGGGAGGAGACUGCUAAACCUCAGUCAGGUUCAAACUCUCCGAAAAACACCAGAUGUUACAUUGGUUUGGAUUCAAUUUGCUGCUCUGAGUGUGGGAAAGAACUCAGUCGAAAAUCAGAUCUAAAGAGGCACAUGAGAAUCCACACAGGAGAGAAACCAUUUAUUUGCUCAGUUUGCGGUGAAAGAUUUAUACAGCAGGUUUCUCUGACAAACCACAUGGUUCACCACACAGGGAAGAAACGAUACAGCUGCAGUGUUUGUGGCAGAGGAUUCACUUGGCCUUAUCAGCUCAAAAAACAUUGGUCUCUUUGUCAUCAGUCCUCAAGUCUUCAGAGACUAACUGAACAGAUAGAAACUGAUGGAGAGGACUGUGGAGGACCAGAACCAGCCAGGAACUCUGAUCCAGAUAGACAUUCACAACCAGAUACUCAUGACAAGACAUCAGACUCUUCUGAAUCUGAGACUGAUGACAGUUGUGAUUGGGAGGAGACUGCUAAACCUCAGUCAGGUUCAAACUCUCCGAAAAACACCAGAUGUUACAUUGGUUUGGAUUCAAUUUGCUGCUCUGAGUGUGGGAAAGAACUCAGUCGAAAAUCAGAUCUAAAGAGGCACAUGAGAAUCCACACAGGAGAGAAACCAUUUAUUUGCUCAGUUUGCGGUGAAAGAUUUAUACAGCAGGUUUCUCUGACAAACCACAUGGUUCACCACACAGGGAAGAAACGAUACAGCUGCAGUGUUUGUGGCAGAGGAUUCACUUGGCCUUAUCAGCUCAAAAAACAUUGGUCUCUUUGUCAUCAGUCCUCAAGUCUUCAGAGACUAACUGAACACAUGGAAACAGAAGCUUAUGGAGAGGACUGUGGAGGACCAGAACCAGCCAGGAACUCUGAUCCAGAUAGACAUUCACAACCAGAUACUCAUGACAAGAGGUCAGACUCUGAACCUGAGAUAGAUGACAGUUGUGAUUGGGAGGAGACCAGGGAACCUCGGUCAAGUUCAACCCCUCGGCAAAAAAACAGACGUAACACUGGUGAGAAGUCGUUUAGCUGCCUUGAGUGUGGUAAACAACUCAGCCAAAGCUCAAAUCUGAAGAGACACAUGAGAAUUCACACAGGAGAGAAACCAUUCAGUUGCUCAGUUUGCGGUAAAAGAUUUAUACAACAGGUUUCUCUGACAAACCACAUAGCGCUCCACACAGGGAAAAAACGAUACAGCUGCAGUGUUUGUGGCAAAGGAUUCACUUGGCCUUUUCAGCUCAAAAACCAUCGGUGUGGUGGUCGAAAAAGUGUAACUUUACAAAUAAAGACAAAAACUGAGGGAGAGGACUGUGGAGGACCAGAACCAGCCAGGAACUCAGAUUCAGAAAAACAUUUACAACCAGAUACUCAUGACAAGACUUCAGACUCCUCUGAAUCAGAGACUGAUGACAGUUGUAAUUGGAAGUAGGGCUGCAACCAAUAAUUGUUUUGUUAUUUUUGUCACCCCUAAACCUAAUGAAUCCAUUUUAACAAAUGUAAAUGACUGAUCUCCAACACACAGCCUAACUAACGUUACCAUGAAGUGAACAAGGUUUACUAUUCAGAAUGAACACUAGGGGGAACAUAUGGAAGAAGAGAAGACAGGGUAGGAUAUUCCCAUAAUUCACUAAAAGAGCGUUCUCUUAGCCAGCAUCAUCACUGAGACCCCAAAACCAAAAAUGCGAAGAACUAGGGAGAGGCUGCUCCAAGAUAACAGCCAGGUUUUAUCACCCAAAACAAUGAGCUCACAAUCUGAUUUAUUGCCAAGUAGGUUUAACUUUAAAACUUUUAACUAAAAUAAAAGCAAGUACUAUAACCACAGCUGUACACUAACAAUGAAAUGUCUAUUUAGAAUAACAAAGCAACAGUCCCCUUUGAUAAUACUUGGUAGUUUAUUUGUCCAAAGUGCUUAAACAUUUUGUUCUAUAGGCUACAUUUGCACACAUUUUCAAUUCACCAUCAACUUUCGUAAGACUGCCAAUAUUCAAGUUCUACACUAAUGUCAACUAACCUUUGCAGCCCUAAUUUGGAGGAGAUCAAGGAACCUCAGUCAGGUUCAAACCUUAUGGAAAAACAAUGAAGUGCCUGUAAGUGAUAUUGAAUGUUGACUGGAAAAUCAUUUGCUGCAAGCUUUAACCACAAGGGAUAUCUGCAGGAAGACAGUGGAAACCCAACCAGGAAAGAAACCAUUUGAAUGUUUAGGAUAUCAAAUUUUUAAAAGUCAAUGUCCCCGAGCCAAAAAGUUUGCCCACCCCUGAUUUUGGAGAUAGCUGUUUAGCUACACUUUUUGUAUUUGAUCUUUUUUUUUUGUAUUUUUUGACAAACAGAGAAGAAGUUUUUGUAACCAGUUAGCAUAGCAUGCUAAGUAGCUAUUAGCUAAAACAGUCCCUGUAAGGUUCGUCUCUCGUAUUUGAUCUUUUGUUACAGUUAUUGAUUUAACUUUAAUGGAUUGAUUGAGGUGUUUAAGUGUAGUUGAUUUCUUGCUAUUAUGUGAAUUGAGGAUUUCCUUUAUGGGGAGUUGGAGCUUUGGUUAAACAUUAUGAGCAUUUAGUUUGGUAGGCCUAUUUCAGUUAAGUUUCAAAUGAAUGUGUUUAGGUUAGUAGCUAUCUUUUAUUAUAGAUACUGGUCAUGUAAUACCACACCUUUCGUUAGAGUUGCAGAAGAAAGUAUGUGAAUUACCUGGAUAUUGGUCAUUGGUGACCAAGGGCCUGCACCACGAAGCCAGUUCAACAUACCCAGGAUAUCUUUUUGUUAUAUGGCUUCACUGACCCUGAAAAUUACUAUCAGGAUACUGUUAAAAAGAUAAAUCAAAUAGGAUGAUGUUGCUACAAAAGUUUCUCUGUAUCGUCGUGGUACUAACCACAAAGUUACCUGGAUAAGCUGAAAUGAUACAGGCCCCUGAUCUUCAUCUACCUCAUGACAAUAGACAAACUAUGUGGACAUAAACAUUAACGUUACCGUUAAUCAGCAUUUAUGUUAUGGCUACUUGACAUUUGACAGCUAAUAUAUUACAUUGUCUGUCUUCAAAGACCCUGUCCUUCUACUGGGCUUUAAAACUAACUAAUCCAACCCUAUAAUACCAGCUUAAUAUUUUCAUUUACAGCUGUUUCUGUAUACACUAACACAUGUUAUAUACACUGUAUUCAAUUAACAUAAGACACUGAUGAAUGAAGAAUGUGAUUUCCAAAGGGUUCACAAGCUACACAUGAGAAUUGUAUGAAAGUAUUUUCUGUUACCUGUACCCUAAGGUAAAUAAAAUCACUUACCUCCCAAA